ACUUCUCCUUAAUCGGUUAAACCAACCCUCCACCUCUUCUGACUGACCUGACCUGACCUGUCCUUCACUACCAAACAACCAACUCCUCCUCAGCAAACCGCAAUCCCCCCUUGGAUAGAGAUUGUUAGAGAGAGAAACACCCCAAACCACGCCAUUUCUAGAGAGAGAAACAUUUCUCUGCAAUUUCUUCUCAUACGCGCCGUCUUUUCUCUUUCUCUUUUCGGGGACGUCUACUCUUGUUUUCUCUCUCUCUUCAACUCCUGUCUUUUCUAUUCCGAUCAUCAUCCCUUUUUCUUUUCUUUUUUUCCUGUAGUGAAAACCCUAAUUUUGGAAGAAUUUCAGCUUUGUUUGAGCGAUCGGAUCUGUAGGAAGGGUUGUUUCAAUGGCGGCGGUGAAGGUGCCGAGGUCACGAGGUCACUCCGGUGCUCCGGCGAAGGAGAAUUUGCCCAAACUUGAAGAGAGUUUAAACGCGUUUCGAAAUGAUAGGUUUGAUCCUCAGUCGUAUGUUCAGUCCAAAUGUUCUCUUAAUGAGAAGGAAAUAAAGCACUUAUGCUCAUAUCUGAUGGAUCUAAAGAAGGCAUCUGCUGAGGAAAUGCGGAGAAGUGUUUAUGCUAACUAUACAGCUUUUAUACGUACAUCAAAAGAAAUAUCAGAUCUAGAGGGGGAGCUUCUUUCCAUCAGAAACCUUUUAACCACUCAAGCAACUCUUAUACAUGGACUAGCUGAGGGAGUCCACAUGGAAUCGUCAACGGUAUCUAGUUCUGAAGGAUCUGUAAUGAAUGGUAUGAGUAACAGUGAAGAAAGGGAACCUUCAGACCUGGAGAAAUGGUUGCUUGAAUUCCCUGAUCACCUAGACGUAUUGUUAGCUGAAAGAAGAGUGGAUGAAGCUCUGACUGCCCUCAAUGAAGGAGAACGCGUAGCAUCUGAAGCCAAGGAAACGAAAACACUCAGUCCAGAUGUGAUCACAUCCCUUGAAUAUGCUAUUAGAGAAAGGAGACAGAAGUUUGCUGAUCAGCUAGUAGAAGCUGCAUGCCAACCUACUACUCGUGGUACUGAGCUUCGUGCUUCUGUAUCAGCUCUUAAAAAACUCGGCGAUGGUCCUCGUGCUCAUACUUUACUUCUCAGUGCACAUUUACAACGCUACCAGUAUAACAUGCUAAGUGUCCGUCCAUCAAGUAGCUCGUACGGUGGAGCCUACACAGCUGCUCUUUCCCAGCUAGUUUUUUCUGCUAUUGCUCAGGCAGCUAGUGAUUCUUUAACCAUCUUUGGUGGCGAACCAGCCUACACUUCUGAGUUGGUUACAUGGGCUACCCAGCAAAUAGAAGCAUUUGCUCACCUUGUUAAAAGGCAUGCAUUAGCUUCAUCAGCAGCUGCAGGAGGUCUAAGAGCAGCUGCUGAGUGUGUUCAGAUAGCUUUAGGCCAUUGUUCACUAUUGGAAGGUCGUGGUCUGUCACUUUGUCCAACACUAAUGAAACUCUUCAGGCCUAGUGUUGAACAAGCAGUUGAUGCUAAUUUUAAAAGGAUAGAGGAGAGUACUGCUGCCUUAGCUGCUGCUGAUGAUUGGAUUUUGACAUAUCCACCUACUGUUGGACGUCAGUCUGGAAGGCCUUUGAGCACAGCUGGCAUGGCAGGAUACCAGUAUAAGCUUACUAGUAGUGCUCAUCGUUUCAUCUUGAUGGUCCAGGACUUUUUUGACGACGUGGGGCCCCUUCAGAGUAUGCAGUUGGGAAGUAAAACAUUAGAAGGUGUUUAUCAGGUAUUUGACUCAUAUGUUAAUAUGCUCGUCAAAGCAUUACCAAACUCCUUAGAGGAAGAAGCAAGUUUUGAAGGAGCUGGAAGCAAAAUUGUUAGAAUGGCUGAGAAUGAAGCCCAGCAAAUUGCAUUACUGGCAAAUGCAUCAUUGUUGGCUGACGAGCUACUUCCUCGUGCAGCCAUGAAAUUUUCUCAAAGUAAUCAAGCUGAUAGGCAAAAUCGCAAUCCCGAACUCAGAGAAUGGAAAAAGAGACUUUUAAGUUCAGUUGAUAGACUCAAAAAUAGUUUCUGUCAGUUCCAUGCUCUGGAUCUUAUUUUUACAGAAGAGGGUGACAGCAAUCUUUCUGCUGAUAUGUACAUAAGUAUGGAUGGAAGUGCAGAAGAUAACGAAUGGUUCCCCUCGCCAAUAUUCCGGGAACUUUUCUUCAAACUCAAUACUAUGGCUAGUAUUGCGACAGAGAUGUUUGCGGGCAAAGAAAGAUUUGCUACGCUGCUGUUGAUGAAACUCACCGAGACUGUCAUCUUAUGGCUUUCUCAAGAUCAGAGCUUCUGGGAUGAUAUUGAGGAUGGUCCUAAACCUUUAGGCCCUCUUGCCCUUCAACAGAUUUACUUAGAUAUGAAAUUUGUCAUCUGCUUUGCUUCCCAAGGCCGUUACUUGUCUCGCAAUUUAGUUCGUGUUAUCAAUGACAUAAUAUCUAAAGCAAUAGCAGCAUUUGAAGCAACUGGCAGAGAUCCAUAUAGUGUACUGCCUGAAGACAAUUGGUUUAAUGACAUCUGCCAAGAUGCAAUUGAGCUACUGAGCGGGAAGCCAAGAGAAAUCAACGGAGAACGCGAACCGAAUAGCCCAACUGCUUCCGUUUCUGCUCAUUCAGUUUCAUCAUACAGAUCUCAUGGGAGUUCUUAACAGCAGUAUGUUGUUCAUUUGUACAUUAGACUCGAAAUGGAAGGCCGCAGAAUUUUCCAGCAAAUCUUUGUUCAUAGUAAAUGGUUCAAACUUAUCCCUCCUUGUUUCUUUUUUCUCAUUCAAUCAAUCUUUGCUUCGCAUAAUUUUGGUAUAUGAUACUCGUAAUUUUGUAGAUCAGUAUCAAAGCCUUCAAGUUAGAAAUUCUUUCAUCUGGAAACAAGUUUGUAAUUACAUGCAAUUUGAUUAUAAAAUCUAGUGCUAUUCUUUGAUUGCA